AUGAAAGGUGGCGCUAGCUGGGUGGGAGAUGGGAAUAGUAGGAAUCAACUAGGACUGUCCCACCCAAACCAGGACACAGGACCCACCAACUUUGACCCAAGUGGGCUGAUGGCCCAGGUGGAGAAGUCAUUGUUCCUGCUCUCUGGAGCUCACUUCCUGAGGAAGGAGGAAUCAGUGGAGAAAGAAAUCCUGCUGCGUAUUUGUCUUGGGAAAUCUGUAACCAUGAAGCUGUUUCUGGUUCUCAUUAUCCUGCUGUUUGAAGUAUCCAAAGGGGCAGCCCGACCCAGAAAAUGUUUUAGUAACAUAAAAGGCUACUGCAGGAAGAAAUGCAGAAUGGGCGAAAUAUUUGAAAUAGCGUGUACGAAUGGAAAAUUAUGUUGUGUUAAUGAAGAGGAAAACAAAACCUACCAAGAAGUCGCAAAGCCACCUCAACCUUCAACGAAGCCUGAUUUGAAGUUGGACUAUGUUAUAUUACCCACUGUCACAGUGAACACAAUUCCGCUCUAAAUCAAGUGCUGGUUCCACUGGUCUCCACGCCUCUUAAGUCAGAAAUGCCACCUAAUCCAACAGCCAAGGGCAAGAGAUUUAUCUAUUCUCUUGUGAACUUGAGUCUCCAUGUAAUAAAGUCGUAUGCU